GACUGAUGAAAAAGAGGAAGCAAAGGUGAGUCCAAAAUGACCAUUGAUGGUAAUAGAGAAUAAGGUAAUGUUGUUGGUACCAUAGUGGUUGUAGUAGUAGUCACAGUCGCAGUCGCAGUCGCAGUGGUAGUUGUAAUCGCUGUUUGACUUUGAUGUUGCAUAGCUGUGGUUGUUGCUCCAGAGGAUAGUUGCAUGGGCACCUCGGGAUCUAAUCCUAAAGAAGUUUGCGAUGUCAGUGUCUCUUCGAUGGCUCCUGGGAUCUGGAUUUGACACAACAAAGGCUCAAGUUUAAUUUUGCUGCUGUCUUGUACAGACAGAUCGUCUCGCUCCACAUAACCGAGAUCGAAGGCUGAGGUUGAAACAAGUGACGCCUGGUUACCAAAAGUAUCAAUAGCUGUAGUAACAGUGCUAAUAGAAGCGUCAUCUGUGCUAAAGGAAGUGGUAAUGGCAUUAACGAUAUCUAUGGCCAAAAUCUCAUCAACCCUUUUCUCUAAAUCAUGAUCCUCUACGCCGAUCAAGGAUGGAGAGACAUUCACAAUAUUCCGACUCGGCAGCACUGCAGCUUGGUUUGUACUCAGAUAAUCAUUGUUGGUGUUGCUAUCCUUGUUGCUGUCGCCAUCAUUAUCAUUGCAAUUACCAUCGUCAUUGUCACUUUUAUUGUCGUAGGCGUCAAAAUGGGCAAGGCUGCUAUGGAGAUCUUGAAAAAAAUCAAACUCGUGGAGAGAAAUACUAGCAGUGCUGUUGUUUCUACGUUUGCCAUCACGAUGGUACAUGUUUUUACUGUUCGUUUCCGUUGCCACCUCCAUUUCCGAUGUAUAUGAGCUUGACGUACCCAAAAAUGAUGGUUUGGAAAGAUCAUUCUCCCAACUGUUCAUCUCUUUCAGAAACUCUGCUACCUCCAUUUCUUUAUCGUGCCCGUUGCUUUGUACUUGACAACCGAUGUCUUCAAGGACUACCAUCGUAAUUAGCGUUGCUAGGACCUUUUUCAAGUUCUUUGUUGGUUCUUUUUUUUAUGUAAAGUGAUGCAAAUCGUUACCACUCGUUCAUCUUUUUAUGGGUGUGCGAGGCUUAAAAAGCUCUCUUCUAACCUUCUUGCCCUCUUCUUUUAAGGGAGUUAGGCCAAUGACAUCCUUACUGCAUUCAUUUUAUUAAAUUUCCAUGUCGGAAUGUAAAGUAGACUAAAAAGACAUCAGUACACCGCUCAAAAUUAAUCGUAUCCACGGGAGGGGAAAAAACACAUCCACCAAUUAUCAAAGAUGG